ACCUCCCUUUUUUCGAUAAGAUUUAGUUGGGUCCCAAAAAAGUUUUGCGCAGCGGGGAAAUACUUCAAUUCUACAGUUUAAAAUUUACUAUAUAUACUAACAGUACGUUUGAGUAAUCACAGACUAACAAACAGCCAAAAUUUGCUAACAUAACGCUACAUUUGCCGACGUACCCUCUCACCAAAUUAUAUAUAUACUUUGGCUUUUAUGCUACCUCAUUUUCAAAAUAUUAAAUUCUAAAUGUCUUGAUAUAUAUUUACGACUUCAUACCCACCUUGUGUAACAAGUGAGGGUAACAUGUUGCAGCUAGCUGUGCUGGAUUUUGUCGGGCUCAGCAGCAUUCAGGCCUCGGCGGUCACGUGAUUUGUGGCCUCAGUUAGGCGGUGCCUGCCUCCUGACGAUGGUUGCUCAGCGUGCUGCACGCAGACGUUGUCCCAACAAACGCCGUUACAUUUGAAGUUUUGAAUUAAAAAAAGGGCCUAACAGCAAUUAAACGCGUGUUUAGCUGCUAGCAUCCAAAAAAUCCUGUGCGUUUUGUAAAUUAAUUAGACAUGAAUAUUCUUUAAGGGUUACGAGCUGAUGCGUUAACUUAUAAGAAGUGAUUCCGGUUCAGUGGGAAGGUUUGAACUGCUCUCUGGAAAGUGACCAUUGUUGUAAUCAGGUCGAGGCUGUUAUCAUUUCCACUUGCUGACUUUCUUAGUUUUUUUACGGGUUUACAGCAGAAAAACUGUGAAAGCUUUUUAGAGUGUCAUGAAAGAAAUGUCAAGCACCAUGCCUGGUGGGCAGCAGCCUCAGAAACACUAUGGCAUCACCUCCGCCAUUAGCCUUGCACCCCCACGAGAAAUAGACCACCAGUACACCCAGAAGCUCUGUGAUGCUAUGAAACCUUUUGGGGUGUUUGAAGAUGAAGAGGAAUUGAAUCAUAGACUUGCAGUUCUUGGAAAGUUGAAUAACUUUGUUAAGGAAUGGAUUGCAGAGAUCAGUGAAUUAAAGAACCUUCCACCAUCAGCUAUAAGCUGUGUUGGGGGCAAGAUAUUUACAUUUGGUUCAUACCGACUUGGAGUGCACACAAAAGGAGCUGAUAUUGAUGCCUUAUGUGUGGCUCCACGCCAUGUAGAGAGAAGUGACUUUUUCCAGUCUUUCUUUGAGAAAUUGAAACAGCACGAAGAGAUCAAAGACCUGAGGGCUGUCGAGGAUGCUUUUGUACCAGUGAUAAAAUUCAAAUUUGACGGAAUAGAGAUUGACCUGCUUUUCGCCAGACUCGCCUUACAGUCCAUUCCAGACAACCUGGACCUGAGGGGGGACUCCAUCCUGAGAAACUUGGACAUUCGGUGUAUCCGCAGCCUUAAUGGCUGUCGGGUGACCGAUGAAAUUUUGUACCUGGUGCCAAACAAAGAAAACUUCAGGCUGACAUUGAGAGCCAUCAAACUGUGGGCAAAACGUCGUGGGAUCUACUCCAACAUGCUGGGGUUUCUGGGUGGAGUGUCAUGGGCCAUGCUAGUGGCCAGGACCUGUCAGCUCUACCCUAACGCUGUGGCUGCCACGCUGGUCCACAAGUUCUUCUUGGUGUUUUCCAAAUGGGAGUGGCCAAAUCCUGUGCUAUUGAAACAGCCUGAGGACAGUAAUCUGAAUUUACCUGUGUGGGAUCCUAGAGUGAACCCAUCUGACAGAUACCACCUGAUGCCCAUCAUCACACCUGCCUAUCCCCAGCAGAACUCCACGUACAACGUCUCCACGUCAACACGCACCAUCAUGAGCGAGGAGUUCAAAUACGGCCUCAGCGUCACAGAUGAGAUUCUUCAGGGAAAAGCAGAAUGGCCCAAACUCUUUGAGCCACCUAACUUUUUCCAAAAGUACAAGCAUUACAUCGUUCUCACUGCCAGUGCGUCCACAGAAGAAAACCACUUAGAAUGGAUCGGUCUGGUAGAGUCAAAGAUCCGCGUUCUGGUGGGAAACCUGGAGAGGAAUGAGUACAUCACCCUGGCUCAUGUCAACCCCCAGUCCUUCCCUGGAUCCAAAGAGAACCGCAACGAGAACGACUUUGUGUCCAUGUGGUUCAUUGGGAUCAUCUUCAAAAAAGUGGAGAAUGCGGAGAGUGUGAACAUUGACCUGACGUACGACAUCCAGUCCUUCACAGACACUGUGUACAGACAAGCCAACAAUAUCAACAUGCUGAAGGAUGGGAUGAAGAUUGAAGCAACACAUGUGAAGAAGAAACAGCUCCAUCAGUACCUUCCUCCUGAACUGGUGCAAAAGAAGAAGAGGAGCAUAGCUGAAUUGAACCGCAGCUCUAACGGUGGGAGCUCUAAGCGGAUCUCUCUGGACAGCAGUCAUCUGGACAGCUCCAGAGACACCGACUCGGGGACUCCCUUUAGCUCCCCAACCAGCAAACCCUCCAAGCCCGCGUCUGACACUGAUGACAGUGUCAGCCCUCCAAAGCAGCUUUUUGUGGAGGGCUCCCCAGUGCCUAGCGCGGCACCAGCUGCUCAAGACCAGGGCAUGUCCAUCCCAGUCAUUGGCUCAAAGCCUCCGGUUAAAGCAAAGCCUCCUUCCCCACCAGCCAGCAGCUCCAUCACCACAGUGCUGAGCGGGGAUGUGAAGCCCAAUGCCACCAGCAGCCCCAGAGAGGAGCCCAACGGCCUGGAAGACUCUGUCAACGGAGCUCCUGCAAAGAGACCACACUCGCCUACACAAGAGGACCUGGCCAAGAGGCACAAAGACGCAGAGGUGGUGUCCAAUGAUGACUCUACAUUUAAAGAGCCAUAUCCACCAUCUUCUGACUCCUACACACAUGGAGAAGGACCCAAUAUUACCCCCCUUUCUGGAUCAAAGGCUAAGCCCAUUCCAACCAUUGAUACCUCAAGAACACAGAGACUUCCGAGCAUGGAGCUGCCAGACGCCUCCUCGCCUCUCCCAGCCAGCAACACUUGCCGUGUCGUGAAAAAUUCCAUUAAACUGGCCCUGAACCGCCACAACAUCACACCUCCCAAGCCCCCAGUGUUCGAGGGAACCCUCACCACUGACGCUCCAGCCCCUGCCAGCGAAGAAAAGGGCAUGUCCAUUCCUGUCAUUGGCUCAAAACACGUGGCAUCCAAACACGCAGCACCCCCCGUCGGCAGCUCCAUCCCCACAUUAGUGAGCCGAGGAGCUGACCCGCUGAACGGAGCGGCCUCCAAGAGACCCCACUCCCCCUCUGUGGAGGAGCAGGCCAAGAGGCUGAAAGAAACAGAGAAGGCCAGAAUCCACAUAGCUUGAACACACAACUGUAGACUGGAUUCAUACAUACACAGAGGUGGGGCUUUACAGUUAAGUCAAACACCAAGAAGAUGACUUCACACAGGGACAGGGAGUGUGUUCAAGUCAGUCAAUCUCAAGUGUGAAGCAGCAGGACGGACACCUCACCUCAAAUCUUCAGAGAUUACAGAUUUGCCAGUGGAUAGGUGAUUUGGUCAAAACCAGAUGUCAGCCCCUCUGUCACGCUCACAGCCAGAGGGCAUUUAACACAACAGUCACGGAGAUAUCUGACAUGAGAACUACAGCGACCGUUUUUUACUCGUCUUCUCCCACCGUGUUUAAACACGUACACAGUACAGAUGGAAAAUGUGCUGUUCUUCUUUUCAUUUUCCCUUUUUUCCCGUUAACAUGUUUUAAAACAGCCCAAAACAUUUAUCGACGCUUGCUACACACACUUCUGGUGUAUGCUGAAAGUUUGUUUUUGUUUUUUUUCCCCCCCACCCCAAACAGAAUCCUGUACAGUAAAUGUUGAUGUACAUAACUUUUUUUGUCUUAAAAAAAGAGCAAAAGAUCACUGUUACGUCUUUUGACCAUUCUACUGUAGUUUUAUCUAAAAAGAAAAAAAAAAAAGAAAAAAAUGUAAUUUUUUGUUUUUCUCUGUUGCUUGUCCCAAAAAAAAGCAUUGUCUCGAGCCCUGGAAAUUUUUUGUAAACACUGUAUAGGUUUGGAUACAGUUGCAGGGAGGCUUCAUUGAGGGUUUGCUUGGAUAUGACUGAAAUCACAACCACAACUCUUUGGACCACCACGACUACCCAAAGAGGACUCCAGGUUAGUAUUGGACUUGCUGUGUGUAGGUGAUCAUUGACGCCCAGUGACAUUAGUGCUUCUCAGGUGCCGGUAAGAGCAAAAAAUAAUUCUUACAACAACAGGAAACAUCAUGCAUUUUCUGGAAGUGAUAAAAUGGAUCUGAAGCCUUUCAGUUAUGGUUUAGCUCUUGGAAGGAUUAGUACAGAAUAUCGAAAGAACCAUAUCAAAAUGCUACGCUAAUCCUUCUGUUCAGUGUAGCUUCAAUGUCACCGUGUCACACCUAUUGUUCGUCUUGGAUUAAAAGAAAAGGUUGGUCAGUUUUUUGCUUACUUUUCAUGGGUUGUUUAAGCCCUAGAUGUAAGAUAGGUGUAGUUGAUACAAAAAAAAGGUGAGCUCUGCACAGUUAAGGCAGUUACAGGAAAGUGUUUGAACAUCAGUUUUGUAUACGUCCCUGUGAUUCACAGAUUGUCUGUCUGACACCUAAAAUGAACCUCUAGUCCAUCAGGAGGGCUAAACAACAAAACUAAUUUGUUCAGGAAACUAUUUGACACCCCCACCCCCACCGGUUCACCGUGGUCUGUUUGCUAGUGAAGCUUGUUCCUGAUGAAGCCAGGUCCUGGUUGUUUUUGUGUCCAUGAAAGAGUUUGUGGUGCUUAGUGAAAAAUAUGGUUCGAAGCUUUUUGACAAGUUGUGCUGGUUUGUGUGUGUAUGCAUGCGUAUGUGGUUGACUGUGUGUGAGCGUGCAUGCAUAGAUGGUUGUGUUUGUGUGUUGGAGAGAGACAGAAUUCCCUUCAUUUUGGGUGUUUACCCUCUGCGCCUCCUGUGGAGGUUCUUAAAAGGCAUCCUGGGGCCACGGGUGGGGGGUCAGGAGACAUCUUUUUUUCCUUCCUUGGGCCCCAACCCUCCAUCUUUAUGGUCUAAAGCUGGGUGACUUUGUGUUUAACUUCAGCACAGAAGAUAUAUGUACAACAAAGUAUAAAGUGAUGCUGACGAGGCGCCCUCUUCUUCGGAGCAGGUAGAGUCAACCGAGACUCUUUUUCCAGCAUCAGCUUCCCCAAAUAAAUGUACAGAGAACAGUUUUUUCAAAAGGCAUAUUCUUCAUUAUUGGGGGUUUUCUUAUCACUUUAUUUAUAUUUGCAUAUUUGUACCAUGUGAUCUUUUUUUUAAUAGCAUUCAUAGCAGGUAGGUCUCUUGAAUGAAAUCUGCACCACUCUGUUUCAGACAACUCAUGUUUUGCUGUUCAGAAACAUUUAACAAAAGUCAUUUAGAUGUUUGUUUCUAAAAUGUAUUGAAAGGGUAUUUUUGUAUGUGUUUAUCACUUCCUUUAAAUGAAUCUGUACACCCAUUAAACCCCUUAAAACUA